AGACUUCAGAGAAGCACGGAGCGCUAAGUGGCCCGGCCUAAAUUAUUUUGGGGUGUGCUUGAGGAGGAGGUUGAAACUGGGGCUCCUGCUUCCUGAAGAAACACUUUUCCCCUGUACGGAUUCAGUUUCGGGCAUCUUUAUUGCCAUGCAGGGCGACUCCGGUCGAUGCCAAUCCCGAAUGGCGAAGCCGUCCAGCUGGUUGAAGCCGGUGGCCUUGCAGAAGCUCCGGGGCCGCUACCUGACCCACCAGGAAGGGCUGCCCCAUCUGCCUGUCCCCCCACUGCAGCAAACUUUGGACCGGUACCUCUUGAUGCUGGAGCCCAUCAUUAGCGAGGAGGAGCUGAGCCACACCAAAGAUUUGGUGCGAGAGUUUCGGAAACCGGGCGGCGUUGGAGAUCGGUUGCAGAAAGGGCUGGAGAGAAGAGCCCGGAAGAGCGAGAAUUGGCUUUCAGACUGGUGGCUGAAAACAGCCUACCUGGAGUAUCGGCUGCCUGUGGUCAUCCAUUCCAGCCCUGGCGUGGUGCUGCCCAAACAGGAUUUCCUGGACCGCCAAGGUCAACUCAGGUUUGCGGCCAAGAUGAUUGAGGGGGCUCUGGACUUCAAGACGAUGAUUGACAACGAAACUCUACCUGUGGAAUAUCUCGGUGGGAAGCCUCUCUGCAUGAACCAGUACUACCAGAUCCUCUCCUCCUGCCGCAUCCCGGGUCCCAAACACGAUUCGGUGGUGAACUACGCCAAGGGGAAGAAAUCUCCCACUCAUAUCACUGUGGUUCACAAUUUUCAGUUCUUUCAGCUGGAUGUUUACCGCAGCGACGGGAGCCCCCUAACCACCGACCAGAUUUUUAUUCAGCUGGAAAAGAUUUGGAAUACGUCCCUUCAAACCAACAAGGAGCCCAUUGGGAUUUUAACAAGCAAUCAUCGCAACACUUGGGCCAAAGCCUAUAACAACCUCAUCAAAGACAAGACCAACAAGGAAUCCGUCCGCACGAUCGAAAAGAGCAUUUUCACCGUCUGCUUGGACGCCCCGAUUCCCCGGGUCUCAGACGACGUCUAUAAGAGCCGGGUGGCUGCCCAGAUGUUACACGGUGGAGGAAGCCGAUGGAAUAGUGGAAACCGCUGGUUCGACAAGACCCUGCAGUUCAUUGUGGCGGAAGACGGAUCCUGCGGGUUGGUCUACGAACACGCACCGUCCGAGGGCCCCCCCAUUGUGGCUCUGUUGGAUCAUAUUGUGGAAUACACAAAGAAGCCACAGCUUGUAAGGUCUCCCAUGGUGCCGUUACCGAUGCCAAAGAAACUACGGUUUAACAUCACCCCGGAAAUCAAGAACGACAUUGAACACGCCAAACAGAACCUUAACAUCAUGGUGCAAGAUCUGGAUAUCAAAGUGACCGUCUUCCAUCAGUUUGGGAAAAAUUUCCCCAAAUCGGAGAAAAUCAGUCCGGAUGCUUUCAUCCAAAUCGCUUUGCAGUUGGCUUAUUACAGGAUGUAUGGGGAGCUUUGCUCCACUUAUGAAAGCGCCUCGCUUCGGAUGUUUCGUCUCGGACGGACAGACACCAUCCGCUCGGCCUCCAUGGACGUGCUUAAGUUUGUACAGUCCAUGAGUGAUGAAAAGAUACAGGGACAGGAGAAGGCAGAACUGUUGAGAAGAGCCACCCAAACGCAUCGAAGCUAUACUGACAUGGCCAUUAGAGGAAACGCCAUUGAUCGUCACCUGUUGGGCCUGAAGCUGCAAGCGAUCGAGGAUCUGGUGAGCAUUCCCGAACUCUUCAUGGACACCGCCUACGCCGUGGCCAUGCACUUCAACCUCUCCACCAGCCAGGUGCCUGCCAAGACAGACUGUGUGAUGUGCUUCGGCCCGGUGGUGCCGGACGGCUACGGCAUUUGCUACAACCCCAUGGAGGAUCACAUCAAUAUCGCCGUCUCGGCCCUCAACAGCUGCAGCGAAACCAACGCCGCUCGGAUGGCCCAUUACCUGAAGGAGGCCCUGCUGGACAUGCAGCUCUUGCUCCAGUCCAACCCCAGGUCCAAACUCUAAGAGGGGCGGACGGCCUCUUCGGAUGACUGACCUCUGGGGGGGCUUCAUCCACACCCUGGACUGCCCCCCUCCUCCCCCCGACGGACGGCUUUUCCCGGUUGCGCCAACUUAGUGGGAUGGAAAUGAACUCCCAACAGCGCCCGACAGCGGAGAUCCCUGCCGCCUUGCCCGUCUUCCUCCCCCUGCUCCUUUCCUCCGUCCGCAUCAGUCUGUGCCUUAGAGAGGUUUUGCUGGGAGAAUUGGGGGGAGGGGGGCUUCUGAAUGGAGGGGAAUCCGGACCUUCCUUGGUUGGAUGCUGGGUAUAAAGAGAAGGUCUUGGCUCAAAGCCUCCUCAGAAGGUCGGUCCGAGAUUUUGCACAAUGCUUGUUGUUCUCUGUGGAUAUAGAAGUC